CCUCCGCACAGUAACUUAUUACUCUCUAAUCCCCGCAGACUGUCACCAAAUCAGCUGCAUGAAACAAGAAUCUCAUUUGUUAAACUGGAGCUCGUGCAGAUGGAAGAUCGAUUGUUUUUCUCCUCAGAAAUCUCUAAUUGAGUGAAAACAGGCUGCGGAUCACAGGGAGGGAAACAGACCCGCUGUACUGGGGCGCGUGCUGGUUCGGGGAGGAGGCUGUACUGUAACCGAGAGGUCACGAGUUCGAAUCCCGCUCGGCCCCCCCUCACACAAAAUAAAUAAAUAAAUCCCACACACGGAUCCCAGCCUCCCCGUUUACAGUAUCAUAGUUUAAUGUGUUUUCUGUUUUUAUUAAAAGUCACUCCUCAUCUCCACAACGCGUGAAAAUGUCUGCUUUCCACUCAGAUGCACCGCAUUAACCCGCAGGGGGCGAAUUUGUUUGUCUAUUUUUAUUUUCUAUCAUGGAGGAGAUGGACGAGAGAGAGAGGCUGUGUUUACACUAAUUACACACACACACACACACACACACACACACACACACACACACACACACACACACACACACACACACACACACACACACACACACACUAUUGACACUGCUAAGUGAAAAGAUGCCUUUGAAUUACUCGAACAAAAACACUGGAUCCGCGAGGAGCUUCCAGUGAGAGGGAUGUUUCUCACCCAGAAUGAUCUCAGCUGGUAAUAAAAAUAAUGUGUAACUGUGAUAUUUAUGAUAAUAACGUGUCCCUGAGUCCAUUCUGCGUCCGAUGAAGUGUUUUAUUAUCCAGAUAAAGCCUGAAAUCUACAGCAACGAAAACUAAAGCUAAAUAAUAAAUGAUAUUAACAGGCAGUGCUUUUUAAAACACCCACAAAACACAAAGAAAACACUAGUAAAAAUACAACUAUGUCCCUUUAAUUCGGCUUGUAAAAAAUAAAAUAAAUGUCCUUAAAAAAAAUCAGAUAAUGAACAUUUAUUUGUCAGUGUUUAGGCCCUUUACAGCCUCCUCCUCCUCCUCUUCAUCCUCCUCCUCCUCCCUCUGUUGAUUGGGUUAAAUGUUCGAUAAAUAUAAGAUGUUUGUGCAGCUAUAAAAGUACUGAGCUGUUUGGAAAGUCGUAAAAAUGAAUCCAUCAGGAGAGAGAGAGAGAGAGAGAGAGAGAGAGAGAGGAGAGCUGCUGCAGGAAAAUACUGCUGCGUAAAUGUUCAAUAAUGUGUUUAUAAUUCUGCAGGAUGAAUUAAGCAGCUCUAAUCCUGCACAGUCUGGAAUAACUGGAACAAGAAGCUGUUUGGUUCCGAUGUUAAAACUCUAAAAAAAACAAACCAAAAAUCUACCUCGAGUCCAACAAACAAAGAGAGAGAACAGGAAAUAUCUCCAAGUGCGUCUUCUUCUUCUUCUUCUUCUUCUUCUUCUUCUUCUUCUUCUUCUUCUUCUUCUUCUUCUUCUUCCUCUUCCUCUUCUUCGCUGAAUAAUAAUAAUAAAAUAAAAACUCCUCCUGCUCAACUGUGCGUCCGACGAGACUCCCGCACUCCAUCAGUCCCUGUCUGUCUGUCUGUCUGUCUGUCUGUCUGUCUGUCUGUCUGUCUGUCUGUCUGUCACCAGAUUGCAGACAAAUAAAAGAUGAGCAGAGGCCGCUGGAGUCUGGAUGGAUGAAGAAAAGAAGCCCAGCGAGCCGCGGGCUUCACGCUCGGACGCCUCCUUUGUGCCACUUCUUCUCUCUCUUUUUUUUCCCAGCACAUAAUAAAUAAAAAACUGCUGCUGCCUCCAACACGUCCCGACAUCUGUCCACAUGUCUCAGUCUGUGUUUCUCUUUUUAAAUAUCUAACAGACAAAAAAAGAAAAAAAAAACCGAGUCUGAUUUAUUCAGGGAUUUUUUUUUCUUUCGUCUCAAUCAGAAUAAACCACCUUAAUUCAGACAGAUUACAGAAUAAUCUGGUGAAUACAGGCCUCCUCUGUCUGCUCCCUUCAUGUUGAACUCCCUCCACUUUUCCGCCGAAUUAAUCUGCUCACACACAUCAUUUAAAGCCAAGUCCCUCCUUCCUGACAGUUCACCCAAACACAGUAAAUUACACCCUCUAAUUUACACUGAUCGUUACUCUGAUAUUCGCAGUAAAAGGCGUAUAGAUUAUAGCCACUAAUUACAUAAAAAGCCUAAUGGGGCCUCGAAGAAUGAACCCCGGUUAGAAUAAAGUUUGCUGUCCGGGGCUGACUGGGAGAUCAAGGGAUUAUUGGAGGAGGUCGCCGGUGUCAGCGCCGAGGCUAAAAAUGGCAGAAAAUCAAAGGGAGUUUUGUAUCACAGCUCAUAUUCGAGGUGUGAUGAGGUGUUAAUCCGCGCAAUUAAACAAAUAUUGUGGUGAUCCGACAUUUUUUUUUUUUUUUGGCUUUUUUUCUCUCUCACACACACAGACAGCAGAUAUUAAAUCAGCUUAUUUUUUAUUGGGUUUAAUUUGGAGGAGAAAUCAAACCAAUUACAGGAAUGAGGAGGAAUGAACUUGUGGAUGUGAGAGGAUGGAGGAGAGGAGGAGGUGAGGAGGAGAGGAGGAGGAGGAGAGGAGGAGGUGAGGGGGUCCGUGUGGAGCUGACAUACCUCAGGCUUCAGCUCUGAUUGGUCCUCGUUUGGAGGAGCUCAUGGGUUCAUUCCGCCGUUAAGCGCCUCCCCAUUUCUCUAAACUACAUUAUAAUGCAACGAACCUCCCUUUUAACCACAAACCGAAUUUGCUUUCAUUUAGGCUAUAUAUAUUUCUUAAAUAGGUUAAAGUCAUAGAGGUUGGGGUGGGUUUUUUUUUCUUUUUUUUUUUUUUUUUUUAGCAGUAGCACUUCGCCCUGGAGCGGUGCGCAAUGCUCUCUCAUGCCGACCUCCUGGAUGCUCGCCUCGGUGAGUUAUCAUCGCCAAACUCCGGUCUUCAACUCUACUGUAAGCUGGAGACACUUCUCAUCUUUAAAUCAAGCUCAGAAAAUUGUCAAUUUGCUUCUUGUUUCGUCUUAAUGCGACUGAAGUGAAGCUAAACUCGCCUAAUUCAUUGGAAAAGUAAUUAUUAUUAUUAUAUUACUGCGUAAUUUGAUUUAAGCGUUUUCUAAGAUAUCGGAUUGAAUUAAGAGUAUUUAAGGAGCAGAUUGUAACGUGCAUGCUGUGUGUGUGUGUGUGUGUGUGUGUGUGUGUGUGUGUGUUAGAUGUCUGCUGAUGUUUUAAAGUUAAAAUAACGCCUCAGCUGAUCACUCUUCUUCUCUGUAAAUGUUUCUAACAUGUCCCUUCUCUCCUCCUGUAGCAGAACUGUUUUCUGUCCGAACCUCACCAGCUGUGCUUGUCUGUGCAGGGAUGAAAGAUGCCGCGGCGGAGCUCCUGGGCCACAGGGAGGCUCUGAAGUGUCGGCUCGGCGGAGGAGGACCCGACCCGGGACACUCCGGGGAGCUGGGCCCGGGCCCGGACGGCGUGGUGGAAGGGACCACGAUGCUCCCGGGCGAUGAUAUCGGCAGCGGCGGAGGAUCCAACCCGGUGCAGGUCGGCGGCAAAGAGCAGGAGAAGCAGCAGCAGCAGCAGAACAGCAACCAGAACCAGUCCGCGCAGCAGAGCCAGAAACAGAAGCGGCACCGGACCCGCUUCACUCCGGCGCAGCUCAACGAGCUGGAGAGGAGCUUCGCCAAGACGCACUACCCGGACAUCUUCAUGCGGGAGGAGCUGGCGCUGCGGAUCGGCCUGACGGAGUCCAGAGUGCAGGUCUGGUUCCAGAACCGGCGCGCCAAGUGGAAGAAGCGCAAGAAGACCACCAACGUGUUCCGGGCUCCGGGGACUCUGCUGCCGACGCACCACGGCCUUCCUCAGUUCCCGUCGGCCGCGGCGGCAGCGGCCGCGAUGAACGACAGCCUCUGCUCCUUCCACGCCAACGACACCCGCUGGGCCACGGCAGGGAUGCCCGGCGUGUCUCAGCUGCAGCUCCCGCCGGCCCUGGGCCGCCAGCAGGCCAUGGCGCAGUCCCUGUCUCAGUGCAGCCUCGGCGCCGGGCAGCCACACAACUCCAUGGGUCUAUCCAACAUGUCGUCCAACGGCUCCGGGCUGCAGUCUCACCUCUACCAGCCCACGUUCCCCGGGAUGGUACCCGCGUCCCUGUCCGGCCCGACCAACGUGACCGGCUCGCCUCAGCUGUGUAGCUCCCCGGACAGUGACGUCUGGAGAGGGACAAGCAUCGCGUCGCUGCGCCGCAAAGCGCUGGAGCACACAGUAUCCAUGAGUUUCACCUAGAGAGCUUUUGUUUCCGUCACACUGAAUCCUUCUGCGUUCAGUUCUGACUCAUCCAACAUCGCGCCAGCCGGGAAAAUACAACCAGGAUACCGUUCAGCUGCAGCGGGCGCGCUUUCCUCUCAAAUCACGACCCGGAGGGGAACUGAAGCGGCUCAUCAGACCUUUAACAAACACACGACUCCUUCUGUUCGAAGCUAUAACUUAUGAUUUCGCAUGUAGCCUAUGACGACUAUUUAUUUGUCUAUUUAAAUUUAACUUAUCGGUUGGUUCUGUAUUUAUUUCUUUGGCACAUGCAGCUUCUCUCUCUGCUGACUGUUGCUGGUGACUGAAGACAAACUCUGUGGAUUCUUGGACGCAGAUUCAUUUCCUUCCUGCUGGGACGCACAGGAACAAAAAACAAAAAACACACACACAAAAAAGAAAGAAAGAAAAAAAAACACCUGGAGGUUUAACAGGACAGAGAAGGAAACAGGAAGACACGGAGGAGGACGUGACUGCAUGUGCUGUCUGAGGCAAAAAAAAAAAAAAAAAAAGAAGAAAAAUAAGGGAAAUAUUAUAAAUUAAGACAUGGAAACUGACUUAACUAUACUCUGUUAUAUAGGAUGUUUUGUGUAGGAAGCACUCUUGUUCCCAUUUUGGUCAGUUUGUGAUAUAAAUUCUGUUUCCAGAAAUUCUGUCUGUGCUUAUUAUCAAAUAUGACUUUCUUAAAUGUUUGAGCCAUUUUGUUUCAUGGACAUGUUUAUAUCAAUUCAAUGUAAAUGAUCCAAUAAAAAUCAUUUUCAAUUACGUCACAUCA